UCUCUGUGUUGCUCCUUUCUGUCUUUAGACACAGCUGCAACACGUCUGUGCGGGGAAGGAGGCCAACCAAUUAUGACAACCUCUCCAAGCUCCUCCAGCAGCUUAGAGGACCUCAUUUCCUCUCUGCAGAAUGCUGGGGAUAUGGAGAGCACCUUGAAUAUCCUCACUGCCCUGGAUCAACUUCUGCCAGCUGAUCGUCUCAUCCGCCAUUUGAUCAGUAAACGUGGUAGUGAGGUCUUACUGACGACACUGGUCAACAAUGCCUGCACUUCAAGUCCCAACUACACCAUCCUGCUGCCGGUGCUGCAUCUGCUGGCUAAAGUUGGACAAAGAGAUCGUCGCAUUGGUAUGAAGGCUGAGGAGGCUGGAGCUGUGCUGCUCACUUUGAAUCUGCUCAAACACAAUGUCAAACAUGCUAGGAUGGCUACAGCCUGCCUCUUGGUCAUCCAAGUCUUCUCCUCAUCAGUCUCUACAGCGAACCUAAUUAGAGAAAACCAUGGACUGGAUGUCAUCUACCACCUUAUUCCUCUGUACACCACCAAGCAUCUGCACACCAUCAAGGCAGCUAUUAAUGCAUUUGCUGCUCUGCUGUGCACAAAGGCAAACAUUUCAUCUGUGGUAUCUAAGGGUUACAUCUCUGGCAUCUUGCUGCUUUACAAUGACUGGCACAGCAAGGAUAAUCAGCAUGUUGCCAUAGCAAUCCGCCACGCACUGUUAUGCUGUCUUCAUAAGGCCACCAACAGUAAAGCAGGCAAACAGGCUUUCCUUUCACAGGGAGGAAUCAGACUGCUCUAUCAAACUACACAGACAUGUUUGAAGAGUAAGAGUCUGGAGGUUUUAGUGGAGCCAUCUGUGCAGUUGAUGAGGAAGUGUCUUCCUAAAACUCCUCUAUCACUGGCAUCCGAUCACUCUGCAUACACCUUCCCCCUGCCUGGAAGACCACAUGACAUCUCUGACGUGGACGUGGUACCAGAUGAGAGCAGUGAGGAGAGUGAUGAAGAAGCUGAAAAUAACCAAGAGGCGGACAAAAGAGACUGUGAUGACGACUUGGAGACUGACCUGGACAAACUUCGUCUUUGCCCCGAGCCAGACAGACCUAAAGAGCUUCUGCCACAGUAUAGCCGCCUCUUUCCUGAACGCUCACAUGACUUCCAGGAGCUGGAUUUGACUUCAGAGCCAAUGAAUUCAACAUUAUCUUCGUCAAAUGAAGAACCUGUGCUGGUUGACACAACCAGCAGUAUUUCGUCCACCUUCUAUGAUGGUUCUCACUCAAAGUCAGAAAUGUCCAUAAGGAGGCACUCACCAGGUGAUGCACUAUUAGAGUCCUGUGAGUUGCACAGUUAUUGCAACCUCGUGUCCACCAGAACUGGGUUUGGGACUGUGUUUAAAGGGGCAACGGGGGGAGCACACCCAGGUCAUAAAGGGAAUGAAUAUGAUCAAGACGAAGAGGGAGCAAGAGAUCCUUUCUGUUGUUCUACAACAGACAAGUUGUUGGAAAGACAUGGAGCCUGUAUUCCACACCAUGAUCCCAAGCUGUACCAUGCUGCAGCUGCCAAAACCAAAUCUAUUCCAGGGUUCAGCAUCCUGGCUUUCCCUGAUUUCUGGGGUCAUCUCCCACCACCAGGACAUGAACCAAUGUCUUCACGCAAACCCAACAUACAGAGACAGAAGGUGCUGGAAGAUAUCCAGCGUUUCCUGAGUACUGAUGACAUGAUCAACCAGGUAGUCUUUGACCUUGCAGAUAGCAGUCUUCAGUGUCGACCUGAUUCUUUGAGAUUUUUCUCCAAGUUUGAAUGUGGGAACCUUAGAAAGGCUAUUCAAGUCCGCAGAUAUGAAUAUGACCUUAUAUUAAAUGCAGAUGCCAACUGUUCCGCGCACACACAGUGGUUUUACUUUGAAGUUAGUAACAUGGUGGAAGACGUCCCUUACCGAUUUAAUAUCAUCAACUGUGAGAAGACCAACAGCCAGUUUAACUAUGGAAUGCAGCCAGUGCUUUACUCAGUAAGGGAAGCUCUGGAAGGUAGGCCACACUGGGUCAGGACUGGAACGGAAAUCUGUUAUUUCAGAAACCACUUCUGUACAGCUCAUGGCAAAAGGAGAACAACAUUUUACACUCUGACCUUUACCAUCAAUUUCAAACACAAAGAGGAUGUCUGCUACCUGGCCUACCACUAUCCCUUCACAUACACUGCUCAGAAGGCUCAUUUGAAGAUGCUACAGAAUUCAGUGGAUCCUACCAAGAUAUUCUUCCGACAGCAGAUUCUUUGUCCAACUUUGGCUGGAAACUCCUGUCCAGUGGUCACGAUCACUGCCUGUCCUGCCAGCAGCGACUGGAAAGACCUGUACCAGCUACGUAAUCGUCCCUACAUUGUACUGACAGGCCGUGUGCAUCCUGGUGAAUCUAAUGCCAGCUGGGUCAUGAAGGGUACCCUAGAGUUUCUGUGCAGCAAUGACAUGGUGGCCCAGAUUUUGAGGGAGGCUUUUGUCUUCAAGAUAAUCCCCAUGCUCAACCCAGAUGGAGUGAUCAAUGGAACGAGUCGCUGUGAUGUGAGCAGCGAGGAUCUUAACCGUCAGUGGAGUAAACCAGACCCCACUCUUAGUCCAACCAUAUACCACACCAAGGGCUUACUCUACUACCUCAACAGUAUUGGGCGAGCUCCACAGGUGUUCUGCGAUUACCAUGGCCACUCCAGAAAGAAGAAUGUGUUCCUGUAUGGCUGCAGUGUUAAGGAGACUCUCUGGCAGUCUGGUUCUACUAUUGACACUAUAGGAUUGAAAGAAGACCCAAGAUAUAGAACCAUUCCAAAGACGUUGGAUUGUAUUGCACCAGCUUUUUCUUUCAACAGCUGCAACUACUUGGUGGAGAAAUCUCGCUCUGCUACAGCCAGGGUUGUUGUGUGGAGGGAAAUGGGCGUGCUGAGAAGUUAUACCAUGGAGAGUUCAUUCAAUGGCUGUGACCAAGGAAUAUACAAGGGCUUGCAGUUAGGAACCAGGGAGCUACAGGAAAUGGGAGUGAAAUUUUGCCAAAGUUUGUUGUCUGUAGCCAAAGACUUGAAGCCUCUUUACAUCAAGAGACUGACCAGCCACAUUGACCACAAAUCUAUCAAUUGCUUUGAAGACGAUGAGCCGCCAUGUGUUGAGGAGAUUGAGUAUUCCACAUAUUGUCCCACACUUCAGGCCACUGAUCUGCAUUCAGAUGUCAACAGCAACAUGGCCAGUGGAGAUGAAAUGGAGGAAUGUGAGGAAGGACACGGUGCAGCUAAAUAUUGGCAAGGCUGUGUUGGCCACUCUGACCACUCUAGCAUCAAGGGCCACCUGUUUCUUCCCCAGACAUCCACUGAAACACUCAAUGGAAAAAAGAAAAGAAACAAAUGUAAUGGUGUGAACGCUGCCAACGGACAAAUCCUACAUUAAGGAAACAUUCUUACAUCUUUGCAUUUUGACAUAGAGAUGAGGGCCUCUAUGAAACACAACAAGCCUGUCUGAAUGAAAUCAAACAACUGUAUAGGAAUGUGCACAAAAGAAAUUAAAAUUAAAAUUUGCCACUAAACACAAAAACACUGAGACAUGAAACCUAAUUAACCCUUAUCUACUGUAUGUAUAGUUUUACUUCAGUAGUCAUCAUUUUCCAUAGACGAGGGUUAGAAUUAGAACAUAAGAUUUAUAUUAUAUUGAAAGAUUUAUAUUAUAUUGUAAUGGAGACAUCUACAGACAACUUGCGUUAAUACAGUUCUUAUAGAAAGUGAUUAUUAUAUAAAAGCCUUGCUUAUGGUUUGUAUAGAUUUUUUGCACAUUUAUAUUACUGUAGCUAAUAUUGUUUGUUGUUAGUUGGCAGACUGAACUAUAUUUAAUUAUUGUUGUGUAAAUCCUCUUACCUGUAUUAAUUGCUGACCAAUUAGUAUGGACACAUAUCAAAUGAGCAAACAUGUCAUUAACAGCACAUUGCUGAUACUAUUCCCCUACUCUCUUUCUGCACAUUUUCUCUACAGCACCUAUCCAAUAAAGGCAAAAUGAGCAAUA